AAAUCAAAUAUUUUUCUUAACUAAUAAAUAUAUCUUAAAAUAAAAAAAUCUAAAUAAAUUUUUUUGUAAAUUAAUAUCUUUAUAGAUUAAUAAAAUUUUAAAGUCCCAACAUUAUUAAUUUAUAGAGGUUAUACUGUAUAUAUUAAAGUUGAAGCACGGAUUAUGAUUCAUUACACUUUUCAAAUUUAUACUUUCUGUUUAUCUCCAAUUUUAAAUGAAACUGGAGUUGAAUAUAACUUAUAAGAAGAUAAUAGAAAAUAUGUGAAAGUCAAUAAAGAUAUAAAGAAUCAGUUUGAAUUCACUGUACGAAAAUGAAUCUAAUCAUUAGUGGAAAAUGAUUAAUGGAAUAACAAUAACAUAGUGGUUGACUUUGAUAAUAAAGAAAAAGCGAGUCAAUGAUAUCAUGGCAUCGAAGUUGUCACUUGGUGGUUUCAUUAAACAAGACAUCUCUUGUCAACUUCGUUUAAAAAAAAUACAUGCAUCUCUUGUCAACUAAAGGUUGUAUAUGCUUUUUCUCUCUUCUACCGGCUAGUAUAACCUUUUCCAAUUAACAUCAUACAUUUAUCAUAGUUUUAAAGACCUUGUUUAUCACUAAUAUUUUUAAAAGUAAGAAGUUAUCUAUGGAUUUAAAUUCAUUGUAACACAAAAAAAAACUAUAUGUUCGUGAUUCUGUUACGUACAAAUAGAAUUCUACAACAAUUACACCAUUUUUGCCUGAGUUUCGUAAGCUUUGUAUAAAAUAUUUGAUUGAUAACACAUUCAAGAGGAAUAAGUGUUGAAUUUAUGAAUGUAAUAGAAAGUCGACUAUACAACUAUGCAUACUUCGUCAAAAGGAUAGUAAGAUAAUGAUGUUUAAUGGCAUAGACUUGGUCCUUUUCAAUAUACCGGCUAGGCUCAUAACAUUUUCGAAAUGUUUUUUAGUGAGAUUUUUAUUUGGUUAUUAUAUCUUAACAAAUGCAGAGUUCCGCAAAAAACAAAAUGCAGUUAGUUUGGUUGAUUUUAAAUACUGAUUAUAUUGACCGACAUUUUCAUAUUCAAUUUAAGUUAAUUUACUACGUUUUAGAAAGAAAGAAAAAGUGUAAUGUGGUUUUAUACGUGAGAAUUAUAAUCUAUGAUCAAGAAAAAAUAUUCAAGCUGAUUGAAGACCAUUACUUCGAUCUAAAUACUGUACUUACUUAAACUAAGUAAGCAUCACUACACAAGCGGGAUCGAGUGGUAUUGCGAGUUUGAAAAUGUGUUAAGCAUUUUGGGACACUAAAUUCAGAUUUAUUCGUUUUUGUGGAGGUAUGAUAUGGAUUUAUGAUUCCCAUUACGUAUAAUCGGAUCUGUCUGUCAACAAAUUUCUAGAGUACUAGUCGGUUGGAUCGAAAUCCAACCAGAUACUUCUAUUAUAAAAAAAGUUAAACUAAGAGGAUGGUUGGUUGUGGUUGUGGAUACUCUGGACAGUCAAAAUUUAGUCUAAAGUUAUAUAUGUCAACCAAUCAAACUAUUUUUUCUUUAAAAAACUCGCAUCAAAAAAAUAUCUGCAAAAUCAAAAUAUAGCUGUAUAGAACUUUAUUUUCAGAACAAAAUUUUAGUACUUUAAAAAGUUACAGCAAUGAAAACUACAUCAAAUAAAUCUACGGAUUAAAUUCUACAAUAAAAAAUAUAAAGUUACAACCUUUACUAAUCAUUCCCUAAAUAUACAAGUUUUUUUGGGGUGCACAAGCAGGCAUACAAGUUGUUUUUCAAAGUUAAGCAAAAAAAAAAGUUGUUAUUUAACGGUCACACGCGUUUUAUCGUCAUCAGGAAAAAAUAAUUUCGUCAUAAGAAAAUUUACACAUAAGCAAACCAGCUGUCAGUAUAAUAUAAUGAUUGUAUUCGUUUAAUUACUUUAAUCAUGGGAAGUGAUUAACUACUGAUUAAAGUCAUCAUUAUCGUAUUCUCUUCGUUUUGUAGCCUACCCAUGCACGCACUUCUUCUCCGAUAAGUUGAAAGAUUCCAUGGCGGUGAAUACUUUUAGAUUUUUAAUUCCUCAUAGAACUAUUGUUUUAAUUUUAAAAUUAGCAUUGAGCAAGUAUUGAGAAAUUAAUAUUUUAAUUUCAAAAUUUUCAUUCAAUUUUCAAAACAGAUUAUAAAUUAUUAAAAUAUUAAAAAACUCACACUAAAAGUUUUGUUAUUCAUAGUUUAAAAAUUUUGUUAAAAAAUACAAAUGAUCACAAAACUAUAUAAUUAAGAAGUUUCAUGUAAUAAAUAGUCAUAUUAAAAAUAUGCUAUAUAUCCAUAUUAAUAUUUUAAAUUUAUUUACUUACAAUACAAAAUAGAAAAAAUAAUUGUUAAAUGUAUUUACCACAAAAUGAUUUUAAAUAAAUAAAAGUGAUUUCUGUAAUUUGUGUAUUUGUGUCAAUUUAGUUACAUAUGCAACAGUUAAUAGUUUGUCAAUUAUUCAAUAUAUAUAUUUUUAUUUUUUUCAUAAUAUGUAAAAAACGUUAAACAAAUAAAAAUACAUAAAACUAAUUUUUACAUAAAAGUUUCAUUCCGUGUAAGGCGCGGAUGUUAAACUAGUAUACUAUAUUACUAAGCCAAAAACAAUAUUAAGAAGUUAACUCAAAACUAUUAUAGAAUAUAAAUUUAAUCAUUUUAAAAAGUCAACUAUACCCUGUACAAUUUCAUUAUCAUUACCAUGUUCUGACCAAACACUCGAAAACUAUAUUAUCGCAACGCAAUAAUUAUACGUACAAUUUAUCUCCAUAUGAUCGGAUUAUAACUAUGAUUUUAUCAAAAUUUUGAAUCUAUUAUCAAUCAUUUAUAACUUAAAGCGAAGAUAGCUUCGAUAUAUCAAGGAUACAUAAACAAUGAAAAAUGCAUAAUAUUUGUUCAAAAAAUGCAUAGUACAUAUAUGUUAAAUGGACCGAGUCGUCAAAACCAGAAUGCAACUAAUUAUUAUUUCAUGAUUAACUAUAGCAACUUAUAAUAAUAUAACUCCCAUAAAAUUCGGCGUCGCGUGCCGAAGUUGAUCGUUGCAAUUCUUAUUACCAAGACUUUUUUUGCCUAUAAAUACUAACCCUUUAACACCAAACUCAAACACGGACAACAAACAAAAACAAAGCUCGAAUACUUUCUUAUACAUUAAUUACCAAACAACAUACAAAAUGGGUCGUAGUUAUACCUUACUAUUCAUUCUAGUAACGAUUUUAGUGUUGGUUGCAGCUGCAACUGCACAAGGAAAUCGUGGUUCAAGCCGUGGAGGUGGUGGUCGAAGACCACGUGUUGGGUAUUAUGGCAAUAGAUGCCGAAACGUAGAGUCCAUCGUGGCUUCGGUGGUUCGAGCACAUGUCCGGUCCAACCCGGCUAAUGCACCCGGGAUUUUGCGUAUGCAUUUUCACGAUUGCUUUGUUCGUGGCUGCGAUGGCUCAGUUCUCCUCGCUGGUAAUACUAGCGAGAGAACCGCCGUUCCAAACCGUUCAUUGAGAGGGUUUGAAGCUAUUGAAGAAGCUAAGGCUAGGCUUGAGGUUGCUUGUCCUAGAACUGUUUCUUGCGCUGAUAUCCUCACCCUUGCUGCACGCGAAGCUGUUGUUUUGACCGGUGGUCAGGGGUGGCGAGUGCCAUUGGGACGUCUGGACGGCCGAAUCUCGCAAGCCUCAGACGUGAUCUUACCCGGACCGUUCGACCCCGUCGACAAGCAGAAGCGAGACUUCGCUGCUAAAACUCUCAACACAAUAGACCUCGUAACUCUUGUUGGCGGACACACAAUAGGAACUGCUGGUUGCGGUUUGGUAAGAGGCAGGUUCUUUAACUUCAACGGCACCGGACAACCCGACCCAUCAAUCAAUCCGAGGUUCGUACCAUUGGUUCAGAAUCGAUGCCCUCUAACCGGAGACGCAUCAGCCCGAGUCGACUUAGACGAUGGUAGUGUUGGCAGGUUUGACACAUCGUUCCUAAGGAACGUGAGGUCAAGCCGUGUGGUUCUCCAAUCCGACCUAGUCUUAUGGAGGGACCCCGAGACUCGAGCCAUCAUAGAACGGUUAUUAGGCUUACGCCGACCAUCACUGAGGUUUGGAACAGAGUUCGGGAAGUCUAUGGUCAAGAUGAGUCUUAUAGACGUUAAGACAGGAUCAGAUGGGGAGAUUCGUCGGGUUUGCUCUAGGAUCAACUGAUUAAGAAUAUGAAAGCACAACAGUGUGGUUUGGUUUUAAUCUAUGAUGGUUAAUGAAUAAUCAUUUGUUUUAUACAAUAAGUUUGCUAUAUCAUCUUGUGGUUUGAUUGUUACGUUAUGAAUAUUCAAGUGUAAGAUUGUACUUGUAACAUAAAUGUAUUAUACUCUAAGAUUGUCAUUUAUUUCUUUACUCGAGUACGGAAGGUAUUUGCAUGAACGAAUUAUAUAAAGAAGAAGACGUUUGAUUACAUUAGAUGAAUGAAAACUAAUAUCAGUAAUGAUUAUCGAUUCAUAAUUAAAUAUGUAAGUUAAUAACUAAUCAAGAUUAACCAAAACAUUAGAUGAUUAUAUAUUAUAUGGUUUGGUCAAAUGCAUGAAUUCAAUAUGUUGGAUUCCGAUUUCCGGCGAAGUUGCAAUCAUUAAUCAUGAUCCAUUGCUUAACUGUAUCGUAACUACUUAGGUGAUAAUUGUUUCAGUGAUUUUUAGUUAUAGUUUUUGGUUUUUAGAUUUUAGAUUUUGGUUUUUAAAUUUUAGUUUUUAGUUUUCAGCUUUUAGUUUUUGAUUUUUGAUUUUUAGAUUUUGAUUUUGGUUUUUGGUUUUGCUGUAUUUUUUUAUUUUCAAAAAUUAAUCAAUACAUUACUUUAAAACAAUACAACAAAAUAGCAAUAAAUAUUUAGAUUUUACAAUUAAAAUUUAUCAAAAUACUGUGAUUAUUAUUUUAAAAUUAAAUAAAAUAACAUAUUUAAAUUAUUGCAUUUUUACGAAAACAUAUUAUAGUAAAAUAUAAAUCAUAAAAUAUAUAUUAAUUAUGCAAAAAUAAAAAUAUUAAAUUU